AUGUCCUCCUUGUCUUACUCACUGGCCGGAGCCUCGUUGCUCUUGACAUUCAUUGUUACCAUUCUUAAUGGUGUUUGCUAUGCAACUUCAAAAGCUUCAUCCGAUGUGGCGCCCGUUAUCUUGAGCGCAGUAAGCUGCGUGGCCGUGAUUGCCCUUGGUCUACUGCACCACAAGAACAUCCAAACUGCCCGUCUACAAUGUAUUGGCUUCACCGGCACAUAUCUACUCAUUGCUGCAGCUGCAUCUGCCGGGGCGAUGGCAAUGAGCCCUCAGGCUUCCGUCUUUGUCGUUCGCUCCAUUUUCUGGGCACUCUCAGUGUUUGCACAAGCCCUAUACUGCGGCUACCUCUCCACGACACUAGCCCAGGAGAAGUCCAAUACCGAAUGGCCACGGGGCGACUCUCGACAACUUGAUGAGGUCUCACCAAACUCGAAUUACCUCCCAUCGCCGACUCGAGUAUGCCAUUUGUCCGAACUGUUCGAGCCAAAACGUGGCUCUCUCCGCAAAUAUCCUCGGCGCUCCAGCCGCUACUCGGACACCACUCUCUGUCCUUCGAACAUGAAGGACGACAAAAACGCCUCCAUCGACUCAAGCUCUUCAUCAACUCGCGGCUCACCAAGCCCAACUCCAACGAACGGGUCAUCAGACCAUCUCCCAGACCGGGACCCUCGUUCCCUGCCCCGGGGCCCCCACAGCAUCCGCAGCAUGCCCAGUUUACGCCGAACCCCACCCAACGCCAUCUCUAUCUCGAGCCGGGUGCAACCCACCGUGCCCUCCCCCACCGCGUCGACUCUCCGCCUCGACUCCCCAACCCCAUCACCCUCCCACUCGACGUGGGAAUACAAUCCCUUCGACGAGAACAACAUCCACCCUCUCUUCCGCUCCACCAGCCCCUGUCCAUCCCCAACAUUCGCCCCCGGUACAAUUGUCAAAGGCUCGGCGAGCGCGGGACAGACCAUUACGCCUGGGACGAUUAAACGCAUGCGAUCUGCCCGCUCCUUGCGCGACCAGGGCCGACGUACGCCCUCUCCGUUGCCCGGGAUGGGAUUGGAGUUGAACGAGACCCAUGUCCGCGGCAACCAAACUCGCGGCAGUCCUACGCAUUCAACUUUUGAGAAAUAUGACCUGAACGAAUCCCCUCAUGAAAAGUAA